GUGGGGUCAUUGAUAAGACUUAUUCUUCCAGAGUCCGGUCUAUGCAUGCGCAUGCAUCAUGUGGUUGAAAAUGGCGGUCAUUUCUAAUAAGAUCGAAUUUUUGGUUAUUUUUGCCUUCAUUCUUGGAAGUGAAUGUCACAAACUCAACGUGCCUAGAAUAAUGUUACCUUAUUUUGCAACCACGCCAAUAAAUUUCACCCUAGAGGCCUCUGAUAGCUGUUAUAAAUGGCGAUCUUCGCGGCCAGAGGUGGCCUCGGUCAAGCCCAUUGAGGGGAAGGAUGGGAAGUGUUCCCACAGGGCAAAAGUGACCGCUCUGUCCACCCACCCAACUCAGAUGACCACUGUGAUCUUUGCCGAGGAAGCAGCAAGUGGCCAGACCAUCCGAUGUGACGUGAUUGUGGACACCAUUGAUCUGAUUGACAUAGUCACCACCACCAGGGUGCUGUAUCUCGGCGAUUCCCCUGAAGAAUUUGAAGUCAGGGCUCUUGACGAUGAAGGGAAUACAUUUAGCAGUUUAGAGGGCCUAGAAUUUGAAUGGUCCCUGCUCUCCGACAACGAUGCUGACAUCGUCGUGGACGCCAAGACAAUCCUAAGGCUGGUGACCUACCACGAGUCGCCCUACGACCCACCCAAGUACAUUGAGAGGAUGGAGGAGCAAGGCAAGCAGGGGGACCGCAUCCUGAUCGAGGGCAUCCGGGCGGGGUCAGCGAAGGUCAUGGCCAAGUUGACCUCUCCGGGAUUCAAGGAUGUGAAGCCAAGUGUUACCAGGGUUAUCGUCAUUGACCACCUGAUGCUCAACCCCGCCCACGACAUCUACAUCCUCGUCCAUGCCCAGAUCAGGUACCAGGUGGAGAAGCUGAAGCAGGGCAAGAUCACGGUGGUUCCCAUGCCAUCCACACAGUACAAGCUGCAGAUUAAGGACAGCAGCAUAGCCAGUCUAGAGGAUGCUACAUCAACGGUAACCGGUGUGUCACUGGGUACCACCGAGGUUGUUCUCCGAGAUAAGAACAUCAAGGAAGUAGCCAGUAUGCCAAGCUCCACCAUUCACGUCAUCGAACCGAAGUACCUAGGAUUUGUGGUGUUGCCCGGUAAGAACUGGGUGCUGGAGACGGGGCGCUUCUACGAGAUUCUGAUCGAAAUAUACGACCGCGACAGCCACAAGAUGUUUCCGGCUGACAUACCGAACAUUCGCAUCGAGGCCGACUUUGUCAGCGAGUAUUUUGAUGUGUUGCAUUCCACCGUCAACGGCACCUACCACUACGUGCGGACGCGGCAGAGCGGCCUGACGGAGAUUGAAGCGGCGCUGGUGGCCAUCGUCAAGCCGGACGGAGAACUAGAGAAAUUCAAGGUUCCAAUCAGAGACACCCAGGAGGCUGAGAUCUUCGAUCCCAUCAGGGUGCAGCCCGAGAUUCUGGUGUUUCCGUGGCAGCCGAGAAAGCCGAUUCCAUAUCAGUACACCCUCAAGGCCACUGGGGGAACAGGCACCUACGUCUGGACGCCAGGCAACCGAAACAUCGCCACGGUCAAUGUCCACGGGAUCGUCAGCACGGCGACGGAGAUGGGCGCGACCAACGUGACGGCAGCCGACAAUCGCAACCCGGCCCACUACGGGCUGAGCAAGGUGUACGUGCUGCCACCCAGUGAAAUUGCCUUCCUGGACACCACCGUGGAGGCGUUGGUAGGAUCGACCCUUGACCUCCCGCUGGCUGGCUAUGCCCUCGUACCCCCCGGCAAACUCAAAGCCGCCCUGACCGACUGCAGUACACUGCCCAUUAGCAUUGCCCUCUCGGAUACCACCAUCUUCCAACAAACAGAAGGAACCGCCAAUCUCGUCAACGGUGCAUGCCGCAUGAUCCCCGUGAAGGCGCUCAACCCGGGCCACACGCAGGUCACCGUCGCCUACGAGCAGGGAGGCCAGCGACUCCAGGCCGCCAUCACAGUCUCAGCAUACGUGCCCUUGAAGAGCAACAUUUCCCAGUGCACAGAAAUACAAGACCAGUACUGCCCACUGUACAUUGGUUAUGAGGUCUUGGAUCCAGAGAGCAUCGCCGUGGUUUCGCCUGCCGCCUCCAAGACGUUUGUGCUGACGGGAGGCCCCCAGCCAUGGGUACUGGACCCAUCUCGCUACUACGAGAGGCUGACAGCGGAGCACCCGGCCUGGGUCUCCAGCAAGCACGUCAAGAUGUUCGGCUCAAACAAGAACAACCACGUCUUCACUGUGGUUUGCCUUCAGCUUGGAGAGCAGACGUUCACGGUUACCGUGGGCAACAGCCCCACGGCCAAGAACAGACAGCCUGCUGUAUCGAGAGCUACAAUCCAGUUCCUCUGUGCGUCACCCAUUAGGUUGCAGCUCAUUCCGGUCAUCAACCAGCCCCACUUGGAAGAACCGUGCCCCAUCACCCUAGAUUCCAAUAAUCAGAUUGUCUUCUCGAAACAAGGACAGCUGAAGCUCCCCGUUCUAAACAGCGCCGAUCUGGACAUCAUGGUGCGGGCUGUGGACAGCCACGGCAACCUCUUCCACAAUUUCUCCUCCCUGGUGGUCACCUGGGUCAGCUCGGACACCUCUCUGGCCACCUUCCCCACCCCGCUGACUAUGUACGCUGACGUGGACGGCGAGAUUCGGGGCUCCAAGCUUCUGAAGGCCUGGGAGGUUUGCGAAAUGAGCGAGAAACUUGGUUCCGUCACGGUCACUGCCGCCUCUUCUGGCUACGACCCUGCCCUCUUCAAGAAAUACAAGAUCCAGCUUCCGUUGGAGCUGAAACCCCUGAGUGCCUCUCUCGACUUGAACCUGGUCGAGGAGGCCGCCAUUGACCCGGAACAAAUUGCCAUCUUCAACCAUCCGUCCAACCAGGUCCGUUUCACACUGCAUGGAGGCUCGGGCCACUUCCUAAUCAGGCCCAGCCAACAAGGCAUAGCGGAGAUCGACUACGACGACAAGAAGAAAAAGAUCGAGGUUUCGCCGAAUCACGACGGCACUUUAACCCUGACGGCAUUUGACCUCUGCCUCAAGACCUCCCGGCAUGCCUCGGCCAAAAUCCACAUAGCCGGGGUUAACACCAUUGAGCUCAAAGUGGUGGACAAGGUCCAAGUUGAUCAUGACAUCGCAGCGGCCGUCCAGGUGCUAGACUCCACGGGUCAGCCGCUGUCUGUCUCCUACUUCCGCAUGAUGAACCUGGAGCCCAGGACCGGCUCGGACAUCAUUACAAUAAGUCCGGAUGUCAGUAAGGUUCAAGACCAGUUCACAGCCUACUACACCGUCCAUGGUGCGACCCUUGGCUUUACCAACUUAGCCUUCAUAGCUUCCUCUAAGACUGGUGUGCCGGUCUCCAGCAAAGUCAGGGACAUACAGGUUUUCCCUCGGCUCCAGUUGUCACCCAGAAACAUCACCCUUAUUGUUGGUGCUGAAUUUCAGGUGCGGAGCACCGGCGGCCCCCAACCCCAGUCGCAGAUUGAGUACAGCAUGGGUGAUUUGCAGAUUGCCAGCAUCGCCACCAGCGGGCUCCUGAAAGCGUUGGCGCUGGGCCACAGCCGAGUCACGGGCAGGGCCAUCGGGUACGACCCGGAGACAGGCUCCACUGUGGUGUACUCUCAGGACGUUAUCGACGUCUACGUCAUACGCCUGACGGGCAUUAAGAUCCACGCGCCGCUCCUGCGGCUGGAGACGGACACGGAGAUGCCGGUGUACGCCAUGGGCACCAGCGAGCACGAGACACCCUUCACCUUCGGCAAUGUGAUGCCGGGCCUGGACUUUUUCUGGACGGUGACCAAUCGGGAUGUGGUCCGGCUGGAGCCGGUGUUUGAGAAGCAAGGGGUGUCGAGUAACACCGAGCACAACGUGGCCAUGAGAAUCCACACCCUGAAUCCAGGGGAGACUUCGCUGAAGCUGCAGGCUAUCUUCAACCCCAGCAUGGCCUCUCAGUCCCGCUACACCAGCAUGCUGAUUGACGAGAUUCAGCUGCAGGUGUUUGAGCGACUAGAGCUGAUGGCCGGCUGCCACAACCAGCUCCUGGUGACCCCGGACACCCAGGCCCAGCUCCGGACCAACCGGGACGGUUCGGCUCGUAUGUCCUAUGUGGUCCUGUCCUCGGAAUGCACAGACUACCGGCGUGAGCCGCUGAUCAGCGUGAGCCGGCAGGGUCUGGUGACGGCCGGGGCCCAUACUGGCCAGACCACGGUCCUUGUCACAGCCUACGAGAACUUUGGUGUCAACCAAACCCUAGUGGUCCUGGUCAAGGUCAAGCCGGUGUCCUACAUCGCCAUUCACUCCUCCAGCAACCUUCCAACCAGCCCUGGGGAGAAAUUGGCCGUCUUCCCGGUCGGGAUCACUCUUUCCUUGGCCGUAGCCUUCUACGAUAACGUCGGGGACCAGUUCCAGGCCACCAACACUGUUCUGGAGCACAGGCUAAGCAGGUUUGAUCUCCUGCGAUUACAGGCUGGUCCUGACAAUGGUACCUUCAUCGCCCAGGCAGCUCACAUCGGCAGCACCAUAUUCAAGGUCUGGGAUAAGAACAGCCCCUGGAUAGAGGACUACGUGAACAUCCCCGUCGGUAGCGUGGUACAGCCCAGCCAGACAUUUGUUGUUGGGGACGUGAUAUGUUUCAGGUCACCUCUACUGACUGUGGAGGGUCAGAGAGGGUCCUGGAGAUCCAGCACCAGCUCUGUGCUGCAGUUGGAUGGCAGCAGUGGGGUUGCCGUGGCAAACCGACCAGGGCAGACGAGGCUGCACCAUGACAUUGCCACCAGCCUUGCCACACAUGCUGAGGUGGCAGUCGUGCCCAUCAACAAGAUCACUCUUGAGAGAGAGGCCGUGCCGUUUUUCACCACAGUGCCACGCGAAGGAGGCUACGAGAUACCGGUCACAUUGAAUUCAGAGCCCAGUCUCAAAGGUGAUAAUUGUAGUAGUCUCCUCUCAAGCCUGAGGCAGGAACUACCAUCCCCUCCCUUCCAGUGCCAGCUGGCCUUCAAGGACCGCAGCGUCCGCGUCCAGGCCGGCGAGCUGUUCCACACCUUCCCAGGAUUCAACGUGCAGACUGGUCAGUAUUUCUGUGGAGUGAGCCAGGUCCAAUCAAAGCAUGCCCCUAGCUACCUGGCCACCCUCAAGGCUGACCUGACCCUUGUCGCGGUUGCCCGUCCCGUGCCCGGCCAGCUGGAGGUCAGGUCAGAGGUGGCCACCUUUGCCUUCCACCCACCGGCCCACAUCCACCCGGCGCACCUGUCGCUGGGCCUGGCCCAGAAGGACGCUACCAUUAUCGUGGAGGGGGUGGAGGCUACGUUGAAGGCGCUGAGGGUGACCGUGGCCGACUCGCAGCUGAUCCAGGUCACCAAGCCCUACAGUGUCAACGCCCACACCCUGCACUACCCCGUCCAGCUGGUGGACGCUGCCCAGCGCCAGUUCGACUCGGUGGUCAAGACGACGGAGGUGGAGCUGUACGACAGCCUGACAGGCCAGAAGUCGGUCAUACCGGUCGGGGUCAACCUAGUCCCGUUGGUGGAACGACCCGCCCCCGAGCCCCAGCUGACGGGUUGGGCUCGCGUGCUGCAAGUCAUCUUCAGUAGUUACCCUUACUGGAUCCUGCUGCUCAUCGUGAUUCUGGCCAUCGCCGGUAUGGUACUCAUCUGUUACCAUCUGUUGCUGGCCCCCCGCUACUACUCAGUCCCACCAAACACGGGAGUCUUCCUGCGAACCCCACCCUCGGGGUCUCCCCCUCCGUAUUUGGCACACUCCCCUGCCUAUCAGCAGAGUCCCUACCAGUCAGCCUUCGACACCUCCCUGCGACACCAUCCGCAGCAACAACAGCGCUCGCCCACCAAACUCUGGAGCACAGCGUACAGCCCGCAAGAAGGCUCCAGCCCACAGUAUUAAUGCUGGCGUCGGGCACCAGGAAGCGAUCCUCGGUGCAAUCUGCAUUUCCAAACGGGGAAGCUGUAAUUUUGGAAGGUGUGAUUGCAAGUUUUGUGGGGGGAAAAAUAGUUCCGAGUUUGGUCUGUUUUGAGUUUGUAAAUGCCAGCCUGUGGUAAUGAAGCUGGAACAUUUCGGAAGCCAGACACGGAACUCUCCAGAUGUUUCUGCGAUGUUUUUUAAUACUUAAUCCUGGAGAUCUGGUUUCUGAUCAAGAGCUAUGCAGUAAGGAGGUCCAAGCCAUCCUGUUUUUUUAAUUUGAUUUAAAACGAAACGUCUGAUAAAAGAAAUCAGGGAUUUUGGUUGAGAAUUGUAUACUUCCCGGAGUCUGUCAAAUUACUUAGUUUUGCCGAGUGCAACAGUAAUUUUUUGUGCCGUAAUUUGGCCAAGGGUGCUGCAGAUCCUUUGUCUGUACAUAAUGCCAAUCCGUCUACGUCAUCAUGUUGCCUGUACAUAAUCGUUUUUUAGCGAUGUUACUAAAGUUUUGAUACCAAUAUGGGACCAAUGAUUGUUUCUCCCAUGGCAAAAGAAGUCUACCGUUGUCUUGGACAGUCUGUGGAAUCUUUGUUCCACCUUUUGAGACAGGGUGUAAAAGUGAAUUUUUCUUUACGGAAAAAAAAAGUCUCAGGGGGUUGGAAAGUGGUAGUGUCCUACACUUUAUUGUCUGAAAUUAGGCCGUAAUGGCCCGUCUUGUAUUAGAACCCGCUGUAUGAAGAACAAGCAGGUCGUUCUUGGUAUUUGACGGCGUGUCAGUGAGGGGCAAUCGUUCAUAUUUUAGUAUUCUGAGGAAGCUAGUCCAGGUUUGGAAAUAGCUGGAGAAGUAAUAGGUCAUAUCUUUUGCUCCCUUUGUCUGCAUCUUUUUGCAUGUUUUGUCUUUUGUUCACUGCUAAUGUCACUUUAUGAAGUAACAAACAUUGGGAAAAAUGCUUCCCCUUCUGUUGGAAUCCCCAAGAGGCAUAGUUUGGUUCGUGAGCCAAAAAAACUGCCUUUUUUGAGAGAUCUUGAGGUCUGGUAGUCGCCACAAUCACGUGACUGAAUCAGUGGGAAUAUUCCUCUCGUUUCAACGAAACUCUGAAUUUUUUUUGAUUCCCAAGUACUUGCAUCAGUACCACGAAUAUUGGUCCUAUGUGCAGAAGAUUUAUUGUUUCUCUUUGGAGAAUUUCAAACAUUCAUCACAAUUUGAAAAAAAUUGAAAAUCUUUCUUGGCAUCUUCCUGAAUGUUGAUCUCUGCUCAGACUUUCAAUUAUGCCAACCCCCCAAAAACAAACUCUGGUGGGUGCUGCAUCUAAGAAUGGAAUUGGCUUUGUGGACAUGUUAUAUUUUAUAUAACAGUAGAUGAUGGCUACCAGCUUGACACAUUAUUGACACAUGAGGGAACCAGCCUAAAAAAGACAGUGCUGCAGUGCCCCUUUAAAGACGCACACUCAUUACAUCGAUUUGCUUCCUAAUGUACUCGUAGGCACUGACCACAUAAGGUCACUUUUUAGUCAACCUUGACUCCAUGGGCUGCGUGCAUGCAUUCUAUCAAAGAUGGUGAAGGGCAUGGUGCCGGAACCAACAUGGCGCAGCAAGAUAGCACCCACGGGGACAAGGUUGCACUUUCGUAUGCUGCAGUUGCUGGAUGGGGCUAUUUGAAAAAUGUUAAAAAACUCUCAUGGUGUAGUGUUUCAAAGUCACAAGAAACUGGGACCCUGGCCCAAAACAUGUUCAGUGCAUGUUUCGUCACGUAGCCGCAGUGAUAGGACCAGCUUGGUGUGCCCAUGGUGUCCAUUCCAAAUGACUGACGGCCAUUUAUGGAGGACGACAAGUGGCUAUCUGCAUUUCUACCAUCAGAGUAACUUUCAACUUCUCUAUUUUCUGCCACCUCAAAAGCAGAACAAGCAUUUUGCAGUAUUGCAUUUCUCUGCCUUAAUGCUUUUCUGCUUCCAGAAAAGAACACCCACGAUACAGGAUUUUGUUACGGCUUCCAGAAAAGCAGAUUUUAAUGUUACUCUGUUCGCUGGUGACCAAAUAAAGCCACUCCAUUCUAUGCAUGCACUUUAGGGAUGGCAAAUUGGUGCAUGGGUCAACAAAUGUUUGGGGAAAUUUGGUCGGAGGUGCAUAAGUUUGGAUCAAUUCUAUCAUGAACGUAUGUUGAAUGCCAGUAAGCCUGCAAGUUAUUUCAAAUUGACGAUGGACUUUCAGAAAUUUUUGAGUCCGUGUUCUGAAGGCGCUGACUUGUGUAUGUAUGCCUAAUACUUCUGAUGUGCUUUCCGUGUUGUCGGAAACUAGUUUUUUUUUUCAUUUUUCAGGUAAGUAUUGAAUUAGGGUUUAGUUAUAAAAACCAAACAUUCCCAAUGUGCUUGAGAUUUCUAAUUUUAUUUCAAGGUGAGCAUACCGGGAUAAUAAAUUUUGAAAGUAAACGCUGUGAUGGCUUUA